CUUCAAAAUUUUACCCUAACCCUAUCAUAACUCUCCUUUAAACCCCUCAAACCCCCUCAAAAUCUGCUUCCGGAACCUUCUUCCCUUAAAAUCUUAAAAUUUUUAACCCCUUUCCCAAAUUCCCUCCAAAUCCUUCAUUCCCCUUUAAAAAUCUCUUAACCCCAUUUAACCCCCUUUAUGGUCCUAAAAUCAGGCUAUUCCUUAAAAAUUUCAUUUUCUUCAUUCUCGCUUAAGACAUUGGCCCGGGCAAUCAGGGAUCUGGAAAAGCUGUUUUUGAGAUGUUUGAGGGACUUAGAGAGCUUUUAGGGAGAUUAGGGAUUUUUAGACAUUUUACCAUUUUAAGGGGGUAAUUUUGAGUCAUGAAAGGUUUAAGAUAAAUCCUUUGUGAUGGGUUCUAGUUUUAAAGAAAAUCUACAAAUUUUACAUAAAAUCCAUUAGAAUUAGCAUAAUUUCUUUUAUGAGUUCGUAUAAUUGACUGUUUGUCUAUAGGCCAGAUCUGGUUACUCGAUCAAACUUUUCCAAAUGGAUUCACCAGUAUUCGAUAUUCCCAAAACCAAAGAUAGCAAAGACUACAAAGAAAAAAGAGAGAAAAGAAAUGUCUCAUGAUACUUAUCAAGUCAGCCUUCGUAAAAAGCAGAAACAACAAAGAUUUAGAUCUAAGAGGUUUAGCCCUAUUAGAUUCUUAUCUCCUAUUUAUGAGAAGUCCAUUAAACCUGAGAAAAUUUCUACUUAUAAAGAAAUAAUGCAGGAUAUCGAAAAAUACACCCAGAUGAACUUUGAUGAUGUUCCAGAUGAAUUCUUAGCUAGCAUUGAACAUGGAGAUUAUACCUUUGAAGACUAUGAAGAAGCCCUCAAUUCCCCUAAAGAGCCAAUAUACCAAUACCUCACCCUCCAAAUCCUCAAAACCCUCUCAAAACUCACUCCUGAGCCCAAAUACCCCUCUUCCGCCACCCAAACCUUCCUCGAAGCCUGUCUCUCCUCCAAAUACGAACAAAUCAUGUCCAAAACGCUCAAUCUCCUCUGCCACCACCUCUCCAUCUUCAGUCCCUCCCAACACUUCUACAACUUCCUCCUGGCCAUUUCCUUCCCAACCCCCUCUUCCUACUACCCCUACUCCCUCCUCCACUACACCGCCACCCUCCUCACCUCCCUCGAAGACCCCGCUCCCAUCACCAGCCUCUGCGUAGCCCACCUCGUCCCCCUCACCUUCCUCAAAAUCCCAGAUCCCUUCACAAUCCCUUCCACACUCACCGUCCUCGCAGCCACUGCUUCCUCCCUUCCAGACACUGCCAUCGCCACUGUAGCCCAGUGGCUACUGGCCGUAGCCAGUGACCAGAAGGAAUACAGUGAAAACGCGGUGUACGUGCUGGCGGGGAUAAGUCAGAAGUGAACAGAGGUCUUGUUGAAGGAGGAGGUGGUGAAGUGGCUGGUUGAGGAUGAGGGGAUCUGGGCGGUGAAGAUUUUAGGGGAGUUGUGUACGGAGAAGGAGGGGAGAGGAGUGGUGAUUGAGGCAAUGGAGGAUUUGGAAGGGGUCUUGGGGAGAUUGGCAGGGGGGUUGGAGACUGGGGAGAGUGAAGGGUUGAUGGGAGUGGGGACGAUGGAGUGUUUGGUGGCUGGAGGGGAUGAGAGGGUGGUAGAGAGGAUGUUGAAGAUGAAGUUGUGUGAGAGAUUGGUUGAGAAUGCGGAGGAGUGAUGGGGAAAUGAGCCUGUGAUUGUGAGAGCGAUAGGGAGGGUCAUCUGUUGUGUGAUUUGUUAUUGAAAGAGUCAGGAUUUGAAGCAAUUGUUUACGCCGGAGAUUAUGUCGGUUAUUUAUCAGUGCUUGGAUUAUAUGAAUGGGCCUAUGGUGGUUUCAAAAGCUCUUAUGGCUGUUCAAAGGUUUUUAGAAAAUGACACAAGAAGCAAUGACGGAUUUAUGGCAUACUUCACCGAAACAGGAGGGUCAGACCUAUUAGAAAAACUCCAAAAACAUCCUAACAACUGCAUCCGGACCACUGCCGUCGACAUCAUCAAGAACUUCUUUGACUACACUGAAACAGAUGAAGACUUCAUCGAGCAAGAUCUCGAAUUCUAACUCCAAAAUUUAAUUCCAAUUAAACCUAAUUUUAAA